AUGUUGCGAGCUUGUGUUCUAGGUUUCAAAGGUAGUCGGGAUGACCAUUUGCCGCUUGUCGAGUUUGCUUACAAUAACAACUUUCACGCUAGUGUUCAGAUAGCCCCAUUUGAGGCAUUGUAUGGAAGGAGGUGUAGAUCUCUGAUUGGAUGGUUUGAGGUUGGUGAAGAAGAACUAUUAGGGCUAGAUCUUGUGCAUCAGGCUAUGGAAAAAGUUAAAGCCAUUCAGGAGAGGAUGAAAACUGUUCAGAGUCGUCUGAAAUCCUAUGCAGACGUGCGUCAAAGAGAAUUGGAAUUCCAAGUAGAUGAUUGA